AUCCCGGAAGAGAAGGCGGCCUGGCGGGGCGGGGCGGGUGCGGGUGUUCUUGUUCUCGGCGGGUGCCGCAGUAGCCAUGAACGGCGUGGCGAACCCGCUGCUGGACAAGGAGGAGCACCCUCUGCAGCUGGGCGAAAGCUUCGAGCGGCACCCUAAAGCCUCCUUCCACACCAUUCGCUAUGAUUUUAAACCAGCAUCUAUAGAUACAUCUUGUGAAGGGGAGCUUCAAGUUGGUAAAGGAGAUGAAGUCACAAUUACAUUACCACAUAUUCCUGGUUCUACACCUCCAAUGACUGUAUUCAAAGGAAACAAAAGGCCUUUCCAAAAAGACUGUGUACUUAUUAUCAACCAUGAUACUGGGGAAUAUGUGCUUGAAAAGCUAAGCAGCAGCAUUCAAGUCAAAAAGACAAGAGCUGAAGGCAGCAGUAAAAUCCAAGCACGGAUAGAACAGCAAUCUGCUCGAGCUGCACAAUCUUCCACCCAGUUCAGAGCUCCAAUAAAGCCUGCAGCUGGACCUAAAACAUCCCCACUGAAAGACAAUCCUUCACCAGAGCCUCAAUUGGAUGAUAUUAAGAGAGAACUAAGAGCUGAGGUUGAAAUUAUUGAGCAGAUGAGUAGCAGUAGUGGCAGCAGUUCAUCUGAUUCUGAGAGUUCCUCUGGGAGCGGUGAUGAAACUUCCAGCAGUGAUGGGGGUGAAACUGCACAUCCUUCUCCUUCUCAGCAGUGUAACAACAAGAAUGUGGUUGCCAAUGGUACUGGCAGGGCACAAGGCAACAAUCAACUCAUGAAUACUCUCAGAAAUGACUUGCAGUUGAGUGAAUCUGGGAGUGACAGCGAUGAUUAAAUUAGGUUUGCUGCUUUUGUUUCCUGUUAUAUAGAAAUGCAGAUUUAAUGAAGAGUAAUACAAAAGUGGUAACUGACUUACUAGAACCCAUCUGUAUAAAUAGAAUUGUUAACAUUAUGUGACCUGAAGAGAAAUGUUCUUGGAACAGAACUGUCCUCUGUUUAUUCUAUGUAUAAAUUAAGUCUGUUGUAGUAUAAUCUUUUAACUUUUUUUCAGUAGGUGUGAAUAAUUUUAAUCUAAAACUGAAAUCUAUCUUCAGACAUGUAAUAUACCACCCUGUAAAAGGUAAUAAUCUUGAUGUAUUCUAAUCAGGUUCUUGCUUGAGUCCCUUGAAAAUUUAAAGCAAAAGUUAUUUAUAAGGUAGAUGUCAAUCAUUUAAAAAAGAAAUACAUACUUUGAUAUUGAAUGAGAUAUUAGAAUAAGAAUGAUAGUACCUACACUUCAUAAGUUUAAGGCAGGGACACAAAAUUAUACAAGUGGAUAUUUGUGGUGAAUAAAAAUUCCCUUGUGACAAGGAAAGUUUAAUCAUCUAGAAAAAGACUAUCUCACCCUGCUCUUAUUUUUUUUAGGCUCUCUUGAAAAUAUUUUACACUAUAAACACUUGGCAAAGGUAUAUAUAAACAGGCUAGGUAACAGAGUUUCUCAAAGACUAGUUGUGAACUUAGCUCUAAGGAUUUACUAGGGCUUUUUUUAUUUUUGCAGGAAAUUUAUAUAGUCAUUUAUGCACAAAUGGCCAUUUGUGUACAAAUAAAAAAACAAACAAAUGUCAUAUUAUUACUUAUGCAAAUAUUUCAGAUUGUGCAUAUUGUCUGCUAUCCUAGUACUGAAGAAGCCAGUAUUUAGUGCUCCAUACUCCCAGGUACAAUUAAAUUAACAUUGCGUGUGUGAGAUAUAUAACAUUUCUUUGGAUAGAAAUGAUAAUUGUAAGAUUUUCUUGUUUACUAAUAUUUAGUGCAUAUAGCAUAGAAUGAUAAGGUCUGAAACUUCAGAUGAUAUAAAAGAAAUAAGUUGAUCUUGGAACAAUUGCUAGCCAAUCUUGUUCCUAACAAGAUUUUUGUUUCAAACACUGAUAAGUCUCAUCUGUCAAGCUGCUUUGGUUAGAAGAAGAGACAAGCCUUCACAUAUUGUUUCCUAAUGAAGUAUUUUAAACUUCAUACAUGCUUUGUACUAAAUACAGCUAACCCAUUUAUACAAUAAUUUGAAAUAAAAAGUAGAAAAUUAAUGCAGAAAAAUUCUUUCACCAAUAAAAUAUUAUUUCUUGAAAAUUUCAUGAGUUAAAAGUACCAAAUUGGUUUUUAAAGUUUAAUUUAGUUUAUCUAUAGUUAUGCUACCAUAUUUUCAAAUUAUUAAUAUACAAAAUAUUUUGAGCAAUUUACUUGUAUGGUAGCUUGUUAGCAACCUUAGUAAGGAACAUAUCCAGCAAUCUCCUACAAUUUAGGGUGCAUAUUAUCAAGAUAGGUUUUUAGGUAAUAAAUAUUAUCUAAAAUAUGUGAUUUCAUUUUAAUGUUGUUAUUGUUUUAAAAAGGGGCUAAGCAGACAAAGAUUAUUAUUAUUAUUGUUACUGGAAUAAAAGUGCCUUGUGUUUAAAUCAGAUCUAGUUUUCCUCUCAGAAGUUCUACUACUUUGUCCCACACAAGCAGCAUAGUGGCUUAUAUGCAAAAGUAUGGACUCAGUAGGCUGAAAAAAAAAUGACCUCAUAUCUAGUGACAAGUGAGAAACAAAGUAUUACAAGGCAAACCAGGCAGAAUAAAUAUUUGUGUCUCUUUGGCUUCACAUAGCAGUAGUAGCUAUUGUGAAGAGUUUGAAAUUGACUGGCAUAAGUCAGUGAUCUGAAUGCCAUAAUAGCUUUCAGUUGUAGUAUGAAU